AGGCCGCGCAAGGGCGCUGUAGCUGCCAGUGCCGCUGUCAUGGCGUCCGAGGCGCUGGCUGAAGAGAACCCGCCGCGGUCUCCUUAGAGCGAGGGGCUGGCGGCUGGGCAUGGAGAGCGGCCCCGAGAGCCUGCAGCCACUAGAACACGGGGUGGCCAUCGGGCCAACGCCAGGGACAGGUUCUCCGCAGGAAGGGCCACCGGAGACCAGGCUCGCCGCCGGAGAUGGUCCUGGAGUAUGGGCGGCGGAGAGCAGAGGCGGGAAUGGGCAGGGGGCGGCGGCCGCCGGGAGGAGCCUCUUGGACUCCGUUUCUCCCGCCGGCUCUCCUCAGGUUCCCAGACCCUGCAGCCCCUUUCCGGGCUUGGACUUGAAGGAGAGCGAUUUGGAGAACAUUGCUGCCCAGAAGGCGCCUCUGAGAGGGCAACACAAGGUGACCGCCUCGCCGGAGACCGCGGAGGCCGGAGCGGACCAUGGAUUGGGUCCGGCCGGAGACGCCGGCUGCCGCGCGGAUUCCGCCGGCACCUGCCGGGCAGAGUUGGCGGCCGCCGGCUCCGAGGAGCCUAGCAGCGCCGGCGGCCUCAGUAGCAGUUGCAGCGACCCGAGCCCUCCUGGGGAAUCGCCAAGCCUGGACUCCCUGGAGUCGUUCUCUAACCUGCAUUCUUUCCCCAGUAGCUCUGAGUUUAAUAGUGAGGAGGGAGCAGAGAACCGGGUCCCCGGGGAGGAGGAGGAGGGCGAGGGCGCGGCGGUGUUGCCCCGGGCUGUGCCUCUUUGCCGAGAAGAGGAGGAGGAGGAGGAGGAGGGGGAGGAAGCUCAGGUACUGGCGGCCUCCAAGGAACGCUUCCCGGGACAAUCUGUCUAUCACAUCAAGUGGAUCCAGUGGAAGGAAGAGAACACACCCAUCAUCACUCAGAAUGAGAAUGGACCCUGCCCUUUGCUGGCUAUCCUCAAUGUUUUGCUUCUGGCCUGGAAGGUGAAACUUCCACCGAUGAUGGAAAUCAUAACUGCUGAACAGCUGAUGGAAUAUUUAGGAGAUUACAUGCUUGAUGCAAAGCCAAAAGAAAUUUCAGAAAUUCAACGUUUAAACUAUGAGCAGAAUAUGAGUGAUGCUAUGGCAAUCUUGCACAAACUACAGACAGGCUUGGAUGUAAAUGUAAAAUUCACUGGUGUUCGAGUGUUUGAAUAUACACCAGAAUGCAUAGUAUUUGAUCUUCUUGAUAUUCCUUUGUACCAUGGGUGGUUAGUGGACCCACAGAUUGAUGACAUUGUAAAAGCUGUUGGUAACUGCAGCUACAACCAGCUAGUGGAGAAGAUCAUCUCUUGUAAGCAGUCAGACAAUAGUGAGCUGGUUAGUGAAGGCUUUGUAGCUGAGCAGUUUCUAAAUAACACAGCCACUCAACUGACAUACCAUGGAUUAUGUGAACUAACUUCAACGGUUCAGGAAGGAGAACUUUGUGUGUUCUUUCGGAAUAAUCAUUUUAGCACCAUGACCAAAUACAAGGGUCUACUGUAUUUGCUGGUAACAGACCAGGGGUUUCUUACGGAAGAAAAAGUUGUUUGGGAAAGCCUACACAAUGUGGAUGGUGAUGGAAAUUUCUGUGACUCAGAAUUUCAUCUGCGGCCUCCUUCAGAUCCUGAAACCGUAUACAGAGGACAACAGGAUCAGAUAGAUCAGGACUAUCUUAUGGCAUUAUCUCUACAACAAGAACAGCAGAGCCAAGAGAUCAACUGGGAACAAAUACCGGAAGGAAUCAGUGAUUUGGAACUAGCAAAGAAACUCCAAGAAGAGGAGGAUAGACGGGCUUCUCAAUAUUACCAGGAACAGGAACAAGCAGCAGCAGCUGCUGCUUCUGCUUCUCCACAGGCCCAGCAAAGCCAGCCAGCACAAGCCUCUCCAUCAAGUGGAAGACAAUCUGGGAAUAGUGAACGUAAACGAAAGGAACCUCGAGAAAAAGAUAAAGAAAAAGAAAAGGACAAAAAUAGCUGUGUCAUUUUGUAACAAGUGAUUUCCUAUACUAGCAUGAUAAAUCAUCAGAGAACCUGUUUGGGGUAUAACACUUUGAUACAAAAUAUCUGAUAAUACUGCCAUUCUGCAUUCCCUCUGGAAGGAAAAAAAAAAACAAAAAACAAACAAAAAAAAAAACUCAAAACCAGCAGUGCUGCUAUCAGAUAAAUCCACACAUCACAAGUAGGACAAUAUCAUAGAAGAAUGAUGUAUGAUUGCUCCACAGCAGUCAGCAAAAGGGAUAAUUGGAUAAUCUUCACUUGUGAAACUUCAGAGGUACCUGAAAGUCAUUUCCUAAAGUUAGUGCAUGUGAGUCUUUUUCCUUGAAUUGUGCAGAAUAAUUGGAUGUGGCACACAUUUUGGGGACUAGAAAGUGAAAUGGUAUAAUGACUGCAGAGCGAGUGAUUUUGAAAUGUCGCAAGAAGAAACAAGCUUUCUUCCUCCACUUCACUGUCUGACUAUUUGGGUCAGGAAGUUGCUAUGACAUACAGAUCUCUUUGUGCUAGGCUAAGAUUGGCCAACUGAAAUAGAGUUCUCAAAGAGUUUGAGUAUAUAGAUUGUGUAUGAGCACCUAUUUUAUCCUUUUCUUUACCAUCUUAAUGCCCUUUCUACUUCUGAAACAAUUCAUCCAUUUUGCUUCAUGACCAGCUUUAAUUCCAGUUUGAGAAUAGUAGCACCCCUAGAAAUUGAUACAAAACAGCCUUGAAAUACAUUUUUCAAAUGAUACCUAAAAGCAUCUACCCAGCUUAGAAUUGAACUGAAUUUCUAUGAAAGAAAGUUAUUGUUUUAAAUGCUAAUUAUGUUAAAACUAUUUAAUUCUAAAAACUAUGUCUUAAACAUAUUCCAAAAGUUUCACUUUUGGAGGCUAUUCCUUUAAAAAGGCAUAUUGAACAUAGAUGGGAAAGUGUAAAAUAUUUCUGAUAGAAUUAUUCAGUAUUAUUCAACAUUUAAUUUCAUGUUUGUUAUUGUACCACAAGGAUAGUGUCAUUCUUGGAUUAAAAUGUUGGACCUUUUGUUAAUAUACUUAAAACUGUAACCAGUGAUAACACCCUUAGUAUUUUUUAUUAUAGAUUAUAUUUUAUUUCAAUAAACUUUGAUAUUUAGACCAAA